AUGGCCCCAGUGGACUCAGGCGUCUACAUGCAGGUCUGGCGGCUCGUCAGCCCUGAUGGGACACGGUUCAAAUACCGUCUCUGGAUCAACUUGCAGGCUAUCAGCAAGGAAGAAGUGAACAUCAACGGCCCCAAAGCACCGUCUGAUCCCAAUCAUAUCAACAACAGCAACACCCGCGGCGCUGCUUCACCUACCAUGCAACACCCUCAUGAACCUUGA